AUGCAGAUGUAUAUGCGUGGGACGGGCCAGUCACUUGCCGAACAAAUGUUACCUUGCAUGACAUUCAUAACACGGAGGCACGCCCUAUUCGACAACGACCACAACGGAUACCUGUGGCGUAUCAUCAGGCAGUUGAGGAAGCCACUCAACACAUCAAACCGUCGUCUUCCUCAUGAGCAUCACCUGCAGUUGUAUUUCUCGUCGUUGGUUUCUGGCACUAUUUACACUAAUUCACAAACAUAUGUUGCAUUACGCUUUUAUCAGUUCAAAACAGAUAGAGAAAGAAGCUCUCACUUUGGUUUCCGCUGUCCGUCGUUUCCACAAACUCAUUCAUGGCCAACGAUUUACCCUGCUGACAGACCACAAGCAGCUGCUGUCAAUGUUGGAUCAAAAACAGGCAUCUCAACUCACUCCGUGAACCGACUGCUAAGGUGGGCACUUAUUCUACUGGAGGAUUUUGGGCAAGCAGACUCCCUUCCACAGCUCAUCAGUAAUCAGCCCACCACCAAGGAAGAUGCCGUCAUCGCCGCCGUCUACGUUGACAAAGGUAUCACACAACAAGUAUAUCACACAGUUCGUGCGAUGCCGGUUUCUAUUCUCGACAUCAAACAGGAAACGGCCUCGGACAAUACACUACAGCAGGCCAUCCCGUUACUAGGUUUUCAAGGAAAAGAGGUGUUGGGGAUCGACGAUUCCCCAAGAUUGCUCGUCGUUGGUUUCUGGCACUAUUUACACUAA